AUGCCCCUCAUUGGCACCGGAAUUGUGGACCUCAGCAUACUUCUCACCGUGCUUCCUACAGAGAACUGCCUGAUCGAUAAUUUCGCAGACCAGGGGACCGCCGCGUCCACUUUCUCCGCCAAUGAAACCCUGUCUGGCGCGCCGUUCCCGCGGGCGGGGUCGCUGGAUGACAUUUUGGGGAUGGGGAGGGGGAAACUGCUCCUGGCGCUUGUGGCGUUGGCGCUUUUGCCGCCUUUGAUGGUGUGGUUGAGGGGGGAGGGGUGGACGGGACGCACCUUCUGGAGCCCCUCCACUUUCCCCGGCUGUUCCACGCCCAUGGACUACGCAGAAUCCCACGCGACCGUGAUGAAAUCCGUCUCCGACCUGCACAUCGUGCGCUAUGACCAGGCGUGGGCGAAAGACGGCCACGUGCUGCUGCGAUAUACGGCCGAGGGUUCGCACUGUGGGGAGCCGUAUAAGGGGAUUCAGAAGAGUGAGCCGCCGAAGCGGGCGCGGUGGAGUGCGGCGGCGAUUUUCGAGGUCGAGGGGGGGAAGAUUAGGAGUUUUGUGAAGGAUUGGGAUCAGAAGGUUAUGCAGAUUCAACUCGGAUGGGCGCCGGUCACGGAGUCGGAGGAUCCGAGAUGGAAUCGGGAGGUCUUAGCCGAUCCGGAGAGGGGGAGAAAGGUGGAGGGGUAA